GAAUACAGCAUGAGCCUUGAUCAGCUGGAUUUUUAAAAUAAUUCAAAUUACCAUUAGUAGCCACUGUAAUUGACAUAAGAAAUGGCACGAAAGAUGAACAAUGGAACUCUUAGAUGCCAAGCUCCAAGUUUCUUUGAAGGAGAUGAUGACAGGGUACCUCUGAAAAUGAAGGAAACUGUUGAGCUUGGAAGGUUGAUGUUGUCUGAAGAUUUUUCCAGUGCUGCUAAUUUCUUUGGGCUUGGAUGUUAUCAAAAAAAGUCUGAUGCAAGGAUGUGAUUCUUGUCUUGAAAGAAGUUUGUCUACCAGCCAUGUGCUGCAAGUUAGAAUGUUGUACCAGUACUCUUCACUAUCUUCGGUUCAAGUUUAUGUUCUCCAGAAUUUUGAAGCACUCUAGUUUCUUGGCUUUUUUUGUAUGAGUUAUCUUCCUCUAUCUUUGUGUUGCUUUAACAAGAAACGAACAAAAAAUGUCUUGGUAU